AUGACUGAUAAUGUUCGCUAUGGCGAGAGCUCUAGUGAUUUUAUGAAUGGCACCAUGAUGAGCAGCAGCAUGAUGGGCAGCUCCAUGAUGGAAGGCGAUGUGCUUGGAGGUGAAAUACUGGGCAGCGACAUGAUGAACAACACCAACAACAACAAUAAGAAGGAGUUGAACAAUAUGGAGGAAAACAUGGAGACUCAAGGCGGAGGGAGUGGCGAACUCAAACGAAAGUCUGACGCCAUCUACAUUGAGAUCCCAAUCAAGAAGCACCGGUUCGAGGAGGAAUACGCUCUGUUUCCGAUUGCAGAGGGCCCAUCAGCAGAUACUAUGGGAAUCUACGAGCCGAUGGAGCCAAACUACGAUCGUCUUCCGGAAGGCUUCGAUCUUGGAAAGUUGGCUCGUGAAAAGUUUGCGGGAAUCGUCAAGGCAGACUUGUAUGACCAACACGAAAUCCAAAUCUACUGUCGCAUCUUUGAGCACUUCUCCUACUAUCCCUACUACAAGUAUGAUCAGGACGUAUGGGUCAAGGCGCACGAUCACGCAUUCGACCAAGUUCUCGAGUAUCGCACUCCGCCAGCACUGCAGCCAAAAAAGUCUCGAUAA